AUGUCUUCGGACAUCGAAAGCUUCACGACUCAUCUGCAGUCGUCGAAACGCAUCUUGGCCUUGCUCGGUGCCGGACUGUCUGCGUCAUCUGGAUUGCCUACCUUCCGUGGUGCUGGGGGCCUUUGGAGGACUCACGAGGCCAUCUCCCUAGCCACUCCCGAGGCCUUUGGUCGGGAUCCAGCCCUCGUCUGGCAAUUCUACAGUUACCGCCGCCAUAUGGCUCUCAAGGCGAAGCCAAAUCGAGCCCAUCUCGCUCUGGCUGAGUUGGCUAAGAAGCAUCCAGGCUUCAUCGCUCUCAGCCAGAAUGUUGACGGUAUGCGCCAUCCCCUUGUACCGACUUCUUCCAGACUAACAUCUUGGGCCNNAGGCUUAUCGCAACGUGCGAAGCAUCCUGCAGAAAAGCUCCAACUACUUCAUGGCAGCCUGUUCAACGUCAAAUGCACGUCCUUCUAUUGCUCAUACCACGCCGAGAACUUUAUAGACCCCAUCGUACCCGCCCUCAGAAUACCCCUCGACGAAUUAGAUCCUACCACCAAAGAGGCUCGCCAUGCUGUGUCGGAACACCAGAAAGAGCUGGAUAUAGCAGAUGCACAAGUUCAUCUACCCUCUGUUCAAGUAGCAGACCUACCAAAAUGUCCAGAGUGUCAUCAAGGCCUUUUGCGUCCCGGCGUCGUCUGGUUCGGCGAGUCUCUUCCAAGCAAAGUACUCAACACUGUCGACAGUUUCAUCAACGACUCGACAAAGAUUGAUUUGAUAUUGGUCAUUGGAACAAGUGCCAGUGUCUAUCCCGCUGCUGGCUAUGUUGACGAGGCGAGAUCCAAAGGGGCCAGAGUCGCUGUUAUCAACGCCGACCGCGCAGAUGAGCCAGCCGGAGGUCUCACAGACAAUGAUUGGUUCUUCGAGGGCGACGCCGCCCAAAUCGUUCCCGAUAUCCUGAAAACUAUCAUUGGAGAGGUUGAGCAACCCACUGAGAUGCUAUAG